AUGUUCAAAUUCAAGUUUGGUGAGAAUGUCCUACAUACAUGCACUCGUGGAUACUCUAAAAAGGUGAAAGCAACCAAAGGUAUUGCUGCUGUCGCUAAAGUUCGUGAAAUUAAAGUGGAAUCAGAUCCCGAAAAAAUUGUGAACUGUUGUUGCAUUAACUAUAGAAUAGGUGAACAACCUAUUCCAUUGAAACCUGAUAGUGAAUACCCAGAAUGGCUGUGGAAAUUAAGAGCAAACAGACGUCCUGUCCCUCUUAGUGAAGUCGACAAAAACUCUUAUCAGUAUUGGAGACGAAUCAGAAAGAUGAAUCAUGACCUAAUAAAUAAUUUAGCUUCUGUAGACGGUUGGCAUAGAAAAGACCAUCGAUCAUUUGGAAAUCAAGCUCUCCGGUUCUAUGGUAACUUAUACCUAGCUGUAAGUGAUUGGUCUAAUUCAAAAAAAUUACUAGAAAAUAAAAGUGGUUGA